ACAGGAUGUACCUGUUCCGACGAUAACUUUGGACGGAGUUUGCUUUGCAUGUCAACACCAUUGAGAAAGAUCCCUGGGGGCAUCCCUGAAGACAUCAAAAAAAUUAGAAUAGAAAAUUCUCACCUAACAGAAUUGCCUCGUGGGUCAUUCUCUAAUGCCAGUGCCUUGGAAUAUCUUUGGCUUAAUUUCAAUAACAUCACGGUCAUGCAUCUGAAAAGCCUCGAGUACCUGAAGGAUUUGACUGAGCUGAGAUUGCAGGGGAACAAACUGACUUCAGUACCAUGGACAGCGUUCCAAGACACACCAGCUUUGAAAAUACUGGAUCUAAAGCACAACAGACUCGAUGUCCUUCCAGAACAUGCCCUCCGCUAUCUGCCUAGCCUGACCUAUUUAGACAUCUCUUCCAAUCAGCUUACUGUCAUCUCCAAGGAUGUUUUCUAUAACUGGCCUGUGUACCAAAAAACCCAGCAGCUGGAGAAGAAGGGAGAUGCUAUUUCCAACGCGGUCUUGGCUUUGCACGACAACCCAUGGAUAUGUGACUGUCGCCUGCGAGGGUUUGUCCAGUUCAUCAAAUCUAUUAGCCCUCCCAUCAUUCUGAUGAAUUCUUACUUAACUUGCUCAAGCCCCAAAUUCAGAGCAGGGAAGUACUUCCAUGAAGUGGAGCUGAAUAACUGCAUGAAGCCAUUGGUAUCACCCUCUGAGCAGAAUCCCACUGUAUAUGUUGGGCUGAAUGUGACCUUGACCUGUCUGGUGCAGGCUAGCCCUUCCCCAGCAAUCUGGUGGACCUAUAUGUUAAAACACCUACGAGGAUUUAAUGCAUCCACCACCCAUAUUAGUGAAGACAGAAUUAAGUCAGAAUUGAUUAUUCCUUCUGCCCACGUUGUGGAUGAAGGCAAUUACACAUGCACAGCUGCUAACUUCCUUGGCAACUCCUCAGCCACAAUGAUGCUGAAAGUUCAAGCUCCAAGGGCGUCCUCCUCCUCCUCCUUCUCUUCCUCAGCCUCAGGUGAGAAUUCCUACAUCGAUGUGAGGAUUGCCAAGCAGACGGUCUAUGGGAUCACUUUGGAGUGGUACAGCUUGACAGAGAAUCCAGGAGAAGCCUGGUAUACCCUCCAUUUUGGGAAGUACGAUGACCCUAAGAAAGAGAUGGUAUACCUUGGCCCCGGCAUCAAUAGCUACUCUGUCAAUGACCUCCUCCCUGCCACCAAGUAUGAAGUGUGUGUUACUUUGAGGAACCAGAUGCCUCAAAAGGGGCAGUGCAUUGUGUUUGUUACAGGCAGUGACAUCAGCGAGCUGGAGCAGCGGGAGAAGCUCAUCCACAUCAUCAUCAUUGUAUGUGCCAUGGUGCUGGCCGUCCCCGCCGGGAUGUACGCGUGUACCACCGAGACCAGGUUUAAUUGCAUGGAGAAAUGUGCCGACUUCUGCCGCCAGAGCAGGAAAGGGCAAAAUCUCCGGGCGGUCAAUAAAGAGAACACAUUCGACAGCUUGCCAACAGGCAGUGAAGAGGGGCUGUGCCACCGAGACUCCAGUGACGACAAGAAAAAGCUGAAGGCUUGCGAGGAGAAGGAGAAGGCCAACAAGCAGAAACCCGAGCACAGAAAUAGCGCUGAUCUCUAUUAG